CCCAGCGACAACCACAAAACCUAUCGAAAAGAGAAAAAAACGCCUUACGUACCUACCUUACCCCCACAUGGUAUCUACCUGUAGGUACCUACCUAAGGUACCUAUCAAGAUGUUGCGUUGGACUACGUAUACCAAACACGACCAGACCCAUCGCUGCAGGACGGCUCUUCGCCGUCGUGAUCGUUCUUGGGGAACCGAUUACUACCUGAUGCAGCUAGCAAGUGCGUGACUGCCUGUUUGACUGCU